CCGUGGUAGGUCCGUCAUCGGUCAGCGACCAUUUGGCAAGACAACUAAAAGUCAAAAAACGAGUGUGUUGGCCCUAUUUUUAGUGAAACAAAAAUUAAAUCAACUUAAUUUCAAUAUUAUAAUGAGAUCUCUAUUUAAACAUUAAUUAAACUAGUCCAAUUAGGUGUGACUUAGCAUUCGACUAUUGUUCUUUGUUACAUCAUGAAUAUAAAUUUAUCGAGGAAAAAGAAUUGAUUUUCGGUAGAGUAGAAAUUAAUGGAAAUUGAUAUUAUGGAGGUGAGAGGAGCUGGGGAUGGGGCGGCAUCCGGUGAAUAUGUCCGUCCACUAACGAAGCGAUACUCCUGGGCCGAGGUUCGGCAGGCUGUACACGACUUACGAAAAGAAUUAUCAUGCCUGUCAACUAUGGUACCAAUAGCAAUAAGUUUUCGGAAACUAGGAAAUGGAAAAACAAGGAUAUAUUUUCUAAGGAACCCUCAAAAUGGAUGGGAAAUAACAUUGCUAUAUACUGAUGUUACACCAUCACAACAAACUAACAACUCAAGAUUAGACUGGAAACCCCUUAUAGAAUCGAACGUAGCCCUCGGAGUGACGUCAGGCAAGUGGUCUCGUGAGGAACAGUUGCUAUGGGAACGGCAGCGCGUAGCUGCGUGGGGUAUAGCCUCGUACGAGCUCCACCAGAGCUCCGGGCGUAUCAUGUUCCCCUGUGCAUCGUCGCUGUUUGUAGCUGAUGAGGGUAUCAGCCAGUCGCCCCCUCUAGUCCCUCGCUCGCUGAACACGGGCGGGGGCGCCCCCCUGACCCCGGCGAUGUGCCCCCGCGCCCCCGAGCUGGUGGCUCACGCGGCCCGCGGCGACAUCUGGCUGGCCGGGGGGCAGCUGCGGCGACCCACACGACUUACAUACGCCUGUAGGGGGCAUGAGCCGGACAGACUAGCAGACGAUCCGCGCCAGGCUGGUGUGCCCUGCUACGUGACCCAGGAAGAGUUCUCCAGGUACACCGGCUUCUGGUGGCAGCCAAAAGCAGAUGACGAUGUCUUCAGGAUAGUCUAUGAGGAGGUGGACGAGAGCGAGGUGAAGAUAUUCAGCUUCCCCUCCUCGCAGAGCAGCAGCGGAGACGUUGAGGAGUUCAGGUUCCCCCGCGCCGGCACUCCCAACGCCAAGUCCUCGCUGAAGAUGGUGACGUUUCGUCUGCAGAAGACAGCUCCGACCACUGUCCUGGACUACUACCAGGAGGGCGCUGCGGAACACUCAGGUGAGGUGACGAACGGCUGUAUGGAGGUCACGGAUAUCCGGUGGUACGAGCUCCGACAUCCGCUGAAGGACAGCUUCCCCUGGUUUGAAUACCUCGCCAGGGUCGGCUGGACCCCUGAUGGGAACUACGUGUGGGCGCAGCUGCUGGACCGGCGCCAGCAGCGGCUGGAGCUGGUGCUGCUGCCGCUGGCGCAGUUCAGCGCCGCCGCCGCCUACCCGCACGCGCCGCGCUGUCUGCAGGCCGCGCCCGCUGACCCGCAGCUGCAGCAGCCUAUCCAAGACAUUCAAGUCUUGAUCUCGGAAACAGCUCCCGACGCCUGGAUCAACGUUCACGACAUCCUAUACUUCCUGCCCUCAUCAGCUUACGAGCUCAACUUAAUCUGGGCGAGCGAGGAAAGUGGUCAUCUUCAUCUCUAUCUGGUGACCUGCGCGUUGACGCACAAGAAUUGUGGGAAUCGAUCUGUGAUAGAUAUGAUCACCGAUGAUGAAAGCGUCGCGGUAGGACCGAACAUCAUCAGCAAGGAGCCCAUCACCGCUGGGGAGUGGGAGGUGAUGGCCAGGAAGAUAUGGGUGGACGUCCCCCGGGGGCUGGUGUACUUCGUGGGCCUGCGCGAGUCCCCGCUGGAGCGGCACCUGUACGCGGGCGCGCUGCGGCCGCCGCGGCCUCACGCGCUGCAGCUGCUCACGCCCGUCGGACACUCCUGCGCCGUCGAUAUCGACGAGGAUUGCACGAUGGCUGUGAUCACAUCGUCCAACAUCAGCAGUGUCCCGGUCACCCGCGUGUAUCGCAUCGCCUCCCCGCCACGACUGGUUGUCCAGGGGACCAUCACGGACAGACCGCCCUCCGAAUCGCUUGAAACUCGCAGCUUUAACGGCUCGUGGGACAGCCGUUCAGGAGAUGGAGACGAUACAGACAGCGAGACAGGCAUCCUAGUCAGAGAACGUUCUCUCAGUAUAUCAGAGAUCCCGCCGCCUCAGAUCUUCGAGACGCGCCUCUCUUGUGGCCUCACAGCCUACUGCACGUUAUGGCGCUGCGCCCGCUCGGGGCGAAGCCCUACCGUGCUACACGUGUAUGGAGGCCCAGAAGUGCAGACUGUCACUAACAGUUAUAAGGGUAUCCGUCAACUCCGCAUGCAUAUGCUGGCGGCGCGAGGGUUCAACGUGGUGGCUGUGGACUCCAGGGGGUCGAAACACCGCGGCCGGGCCUGGGAGGCCGCUAUCAAGGGCAAGUUGGGGCAGAUCGAGCUGGAUGACCAGGUUGAAGUAUUACAAUGGCUGGCGAAAGAGACUGGCUGUAUAGAUAUGGAGCGAGUGGCCAUACAUGGAUGGAGCUAUGGGGGCUACCUGUCCCUGCUGGGGCUGGCCACGCGGCCCAACGUGUUCCGCGUGUGCGUGGCGGGGGCCCCGGUGACGUGCUGGCGCCUGUACGACACGGCCUACACGGAGCGCUACAUGGGGGCCCCGGCGCGGGCCCCGCACGCCUACACCCGCGCCAGUGUGCUCGCACACGCGCCCUUCUUCCCAGAUCAGGAAGGUCGCCUUCUCAUCAUACACGGCUUGGCUGACGAGAACGUGCACUUCUGUCACACGGCCGCCCUCACAGCCGAGCUUGUCAGACUGGGGAAGCCGCAUCGAGUACAGGUGUAUCCAGGCGAAAGGCACUCGCUACGCGCAAUGCACGCGGCUAAACACUACGAAGCGACACUUCUACACUUUCUACACGAGAACUUGUAAAAUACAUACCGAAAGUAUACAUAAACUAUGUAUAUACCUUAUUCAGAUAACUACCCAAUGCAAGGACAACGCAUAGCUGACUCAUAGCAAUGUAUGCAGUACAGAAAAUCUGACAGCUGUAUCGAAUACUACGCAUAGUGAAGUGUCGUUCUUAGCCCUUGUGUUGUCUUUAUCACUGUGAAAUUGAAUAAGAUGAUUAUAGUCUGUCCGUUAUAGGAGUAACCAUUUGAUAGGUUAUAAAAUUGACCAAGAGUCACGAGAAAUGAAUUGUAAAGGGUCUACCAUUAGGUCUUGAAGUAAUGUUAUAAUGAUUGUGUGAGCGUUA